UUAUCUCUCUGUUCCCCGGAUGCCACUCGAGUUAUGGAGAUAAACACAAGAUGAACUAGCGCAAUGCCUUAGAGCAAGCUCAAAAUGAAAUCGCUAAAAAGAUAUGGCAUCUAGUUUAAGAAAAUGGACAAUUCCCACAGUGUAUAUAUGGAUUCAUAUGUUUUUAUUUUUAGAUUGUAUGGUAUGUAAUGUUAGUGGAUUCAGCUCCUAUCCUAACUCAACUCAAUCAACAUUAUGUGCAGCUCAGUGUGAAGCCCUAUGUCUGGAUGGAGUGAAACACUGUGAACGGCAAUGUACAGGUAUUAAACACUGGAUGACAGACUGUGAUAGACCAAACUGUACAAGUUCAUGUUCUGUUUUGUAUACACAUCACUAUCCAAACAGAGAUCAUCUUGUACAUGUACCACAUGUCUCCAUUAACCGUACAUCACCACGGAGUGUUGAGUUAUCCUGGAAUGUCCCGACACAGUUAUCUCCAAGUUCAUCAUCAUCUUCAUAUGCAACAAUCUAUAUUGUAGAAGAAACCCAUCCAGACCUGAAAUGGUCCAGUGUUCGCUCUGUUGCAAUUAAAUCAUGGCUGAGAGGAACCAGUGUGAAGUUUGAUCUAAGCAACAUAUGUAACACAGACAGUUACAGGGUGAUGGCCAUCAACGAGUUUGGGUCCAUGGGUUUCAGUUCUGCUGUCAAAAUACCAGCACUGAUACCUGGACGAGUUCAGAAUAUAAACUACACUGGCAAUGGCGUUUAUUAUUAUGUAAACAAGAACAAUAAGUCACAGUCACGAUUCAUGGCAAUACUACAAUGGGACCCUCCAGCAGGUUGGCAUGACUCUGACAUACUUCAUUAUCGUUGGAACCCAAUGGUGAGACGCUAUUGUAGUGAUGUAUCCAAGGACAGUCUGCCGAUUUAUACACCAAUGCAAAACCAAUCUCGGCAUAUUUUGAUGACAAUUGGAAGCAACUCCUUGGACUGUGUAUUCACUGCUCAGGUUCAAGCUGUGUCAAAAUGUAAUCAGAGUGGUCCCUGGACGGAUUUUGUAGUCGAUCUUACAAAUUGCAGUGCUAUCACUGGAUACAAAUGCCAGAUAUCUGCCUCUGAUCCACCUGGGGUAGUUGAAGAUGUUACCUUGAAUAUAAGUUCUAUACCAGUCUCUGUGGUGAUGCAGAUGUUUUCAAACCCAUACAUUGUGAAUCAGAGCACAAAGAGCCCACUGUUGAUAAACCUACAUGUUCUCUGGAAACCACCGUCAGACCUAGGCAGUCUAGGGGUUAUAGAUCACUACACAAUUAGGUCAGGUCGUGCUAAGAGGAACCUUAGCCCUGUUCCACCAGAUUUCAUAGGGAUACCUAAUAUGAUUAAUGUUUCAAAGGAUGUUCAUGAUUUAGCAUUUGAAAUUCCAACCAAGAACAUGCCAUAUACAUUUGGAGUACAGGUGAUUGCUGUAGCUCCAGGCCAGGUAAUAGCGGAAAAUGACUGGGGAUUGUAUGAGGUACGAACUAUUGUGGUCAGCAGGAAUGACUCUGGAAUUGGACAGUUUUUGCAGGAAGGUCAAGUGUUGUUGGACAAAUCUGGUAUAGUGAUUGUGUACAUCAACAACUCGUUACCGGUUCAGUUCCUGUUUGAUCAGCCAGUGGGACGUAUGGACAAUUCUAGCAUAGACAGAUACGCUGUGCAGUGGGGACCUCUUGUUGGACCAGACCAUAUGUCAGUUGAGAAUAGAACCAUAGUACCUCUGAACCAGACAAGUCUGUCAGUUAGCCUGCAACAUGCCAUGAAAACAUACGGGGUGAAGAUGCUGUAUCUGAGAGAGGAAGAAGAAGAUCCAAUGCUAGAAGAGUGGGACAAGGCACCUCUAAUGUCCUUUACACUACCAUUUGAUAUAGACCAGAAUGAAACAGUUGUGGUGGAGAAGAUAGCCGUGCCAGAGGAGCAGCUGACACCAUUGUAUAUAACUGUUGGAGUGGUCAUGGCUAUUAUAUUGGCAGUGUUUGGACUACGAUAUCUAAAUCAUCGUCAUCACUUCAAACAUCUGGAAAGGAGACUAGCUGUGGUAGAUGAUGAUAUAGCAGAAGAUGGUGACCAUUACUUCAUCAUGAGGACAUCAGAACUGAAUCCAGAUGAUAUAGCGGAUAUACCAACUGUUGUUGCUGAUCAUUGGGAAUUACCCCACUGCUGUCUGAAAAUGGGACGAGUUCUUGGAAGUGGGGCAUUUGGACAGGUAGUGAAGGGGCGUGUUAGUAAAUCAAUGCUGAUGCAUCGUGGAACAGACACACAUAUAGCACAGAAUGGUAUAGGGACACAUGUAACUGUUGCUAUAAAAAUGCUACAAGACAAUGCUGAUGAGAGACAUACAGAAAAUUUUCUAAAAGAGAUUGAUAUGAUGAAAGACAUUGGUUACCAUAGAAACAUAGUGAGCAUUCUGGGAUGCUGUACAUUACGGCAGCCAUAUUGUCUUGUAGUUGAAAACAUGCCACAUGGUGACCUCCUAGCUUACUUCAGAAACAUCAGAAAAAAAAUGCAACAGAGAGUCACAGAAGGUGAAGGCUAUAUCAACCAAGAUGUUGACAUGUUCUCACCCAGGGAUCUACUGUCAGUGGCACGACAAAUCUCUACAGGCAUGGACUUCUUGGCCCAGAAAGGGUUUGUGCAUAGAGAUCUUGCAGCUCGUAACAUUCUUGUUGGUGAUAAUAAAACUGUCAAGAUAGGUGAUUUUGGUCUGGCACGAUACAUCUACCAUGACGUCAACAAAAUAUAUGUGACUAGACGUGGAGGAAAACUGCCACUGAGAUGGAUGUCACCAGAAGCCAUCUUUAACAUGACCUUCUCCACAGCCAGUGACAUAUGGUCAUUUGGCAUUGUUUUGUAUGAGAUUGUGACACUAGGAGGAGCCCCAUACCCAGCUUUGUCAAAUGUAGAACUUCUCCAAGCUCUGAAGCAGGGUUACAGGAUGGCAAGGCCAGACAACUGCAGUCAGGAAAUAUAUGACAUCAUGCUGGACUGUUGGAAGGAGGCCCCUGAACUAAGACCAAGUUUCAGCCAGAUCUGUAAUGUGUUCACCAGUAUGCUGGAAGAAGAUACCUACCUGGAAUACUUCAACUUCAAUGUACCACUGGAACAUGACUACUACAGGAUCAACAGUGACAGCAUGGAUAUUGACAUUCUCGACCUAGAUGACCAAGGAAUUCCAACUAACAUUCAGAAUUUGACUGGUACUACAUGCAACAAGCAUUUUGACCCGUCUUAUACAAGGGUGACAACAGAGAUCCCAGAUGAUGACUGUAAUGUUACAGAGAUGUCUAAAGCUGAGAGAAACAGUGAGACAACUACUUACACUGACGGUCCUUUCCUGAAGAGAGCAGCUACUACUUCCUCUUUCAAUAAUGGACUUUACUCAACUGUAGACAAUACAGAAGUUAGUAACCAACUGAAUGUAAACAUUCAUAGAUAUCCAGAAAGAGCUGAAAGUACAGUUUCCACACUCCCUACCACACAGGACAAUACAGCUGAUCUGUUACCAAGUGGGAGAGUUGGGGUGGUAGAUGAUAACUCUGAUGCAAGGUUUAACAAACCAACUGUUGAGACUAGGACAAGUGAAUCCUCAGAUGAUGUGUUCACUAACUGUCCAGGUUGUACCAGACUAACAACUGAUAGAAUCUUUGCUGACCAGUAUAUACACAAUACCAAGCAUACUCCAGUUGCAGGUGAUGUUGACAUUUCUCAGUGUCCUCACUGUAUUAGACUGGACCUUCAUCUCACACCCUUUGACAUCCAUGUCAAUGAAAGGAAUGAUUCAGCCAUUUGUAGUACAGCUUCUGAUGACUCGGAUCAUUCACAGAGUAACCAGUCUGAGUCAUCCAUGGCAGUCAGUGAUGUGUACUUAAUGCCUGAAAGUCCAUCUCCUCCAGCAACCACGAACUACCCAGCCAAAUAUACAGAUGACAUGAAAGACUUUAAUACAUUUGACUUUGAUCUGCCAGAUGAUAUUCACAAACUUAGAAGGCCACGGCUCUUUGAAAAUCCAUGUUAUACAGAAUUGUGCAUUGGAAGCGUCAAGGGAGAUCGCUUGUCAGAUGGAAUGUUGCUCAAGAAAAAAUGUAUUGAUGAAUUCCUCUUGAAGCAAGGGCAAUCUGACAAUGACAUUUGGUGUAUUGCAGAAACAAAGCUUUGAAAUAUGUUAAGUAACAUUAUAAUACAAAAAUAGAUAAAACUUCCAGUUGUUAUGAGUAUAAUACAAGUAUGAUAACCAGAUGCCCUAUAUAAAUCUUAAAGAAAGCAGUGACAAUAUUACAUUACCUUGUGUAUGUUUUCAAGGAAACAUGAUGACGUCUUACUGUCAAGUAUUGAAAAGACUGUCAUUUUUCAUAUUAAUUUUGUUUAUUCCCAUAAUAAUCAUGAUUGUUCCGCCUAGUUUCAUUAAUUGAUCAAUUAUUUUUUUUAUAAAUUUGAAAAUUGAGAACCAUUCCUUUAACAAUUUAAAGUUCAAAUUAUUAGCUUGUAGGCUUUUUACUGUGUUAAGUUUCAAGCAAAGUUAUUAGAUUUCUUCAAUUUCAUUUUUAUUUUUUACUAUUUUGUUACAGUAAAAAAAGAGAAAUGAUGUUAAAUAUCAUGGCCUAUUAUUUUUCUUAUACUAAUAGUAUUUUAAUAGGCGUUUUCAGGAUAUUUAGAAUAUUAAAGAAUGUCUAUUGACCAAUUUUCUCUAGACUUUAUAUGUUAAUCUGAUGAUUAAAGGAACCCAAAAAUUGA